AGAAGCUUAAUCUUGAAUUAUGUGAAAUUCAAGUCACUACUAAAGACGCGUACGGUACGAAAAAUCUGUAGGUUACGAAGACAGCAUUUAUCGACGUUACCGACCUAUUCUAUGAUAACAAUAAUAAGCCGUAGGAAAUGGAAGAGGGCGUACGAAACAGUGUGAUUUCUAUUCCGUUCUUGGUUAAUGAAAGAGAAGGAUAUCAAAUUUCCUACAUCGGAUAAAGAUUUUAACGAGUAAAACAGGCGUCGUUAAGAUUGAUACCUGCAGACAAAUAUCAAAUAGCCCUCUGAAGGAAAAUUAGUUACCUAACUCGAUAGAACCAUGUACGUGAUAUAUAUAUUUUACAGAUUAUUUUGAUAUAAUGUUACAGAAAUACUCGUAUCGAUAUUUUAUAAUUUGAUAUUAGACCAACAAAUUGGAAAUAAAAAGAAUUUGUAAAUGUACAGUUCUAGUAAUUCCAGCUACUUGGUUCAAGAGUACAUAUAUGUAUGAAUUAAUCGAGAUACAAAUUCUUCGCAAUCAAUCCGUACAAGCAAGAUCACGAAGAAGCAGAAUUUGUUAUUUUAACUUCCAUUUAAUCGUUUAAUCGUCGGUUCGAUUAUCCUACUAAUUUACUUCCUAAUUUUUCUUCACAAAGAAGCAAUUUUGUAGAAUAUUUUCGACUUGUGACUUAGUGGGUGGACCUUUCACGACGCUUCGUCUCGAUACGAAAUUUCGCCGAUGGCAUAGGUAGGAUAAAUUUGGAACAACCAUCUCGAACGAAACACGCCUGUGUUUUACGUUAGUUCCGCAGUUAGUUUCGCUUCUCCAACGCCGCGAUAAAGAACUCGAUAUACCGCGAUGUUUAACAGGUGUAUCUCGAUAAAAACGAAAUAAAAUUAUCGUUCGUCAAACGACGUUUCACGCGAAUAAUAAUUUCUCUAUGAAGUUCACUUAGACGAAUUAUUAUUAUUAUCUUGGAUAUUUAGUUCAGUUGGUAUUUUUGAUAACGGUAAGAUAUGAUAUAAGAAAGACUGUAUAGGCCCCUUAGAUUGCUUUCCUACCAAUCUAACGGAACUCGAAUAAGAGGAAGAUAAAUCAAACGCAUCCAGCGAAGGAGGAAAUAAAUUUUUAUGCUCUGCCAUCGUCCUUCUUUUAGAUUGAUAUCGGUAAUAAGCUCUCCUUGCCAUCUCUCUUCUUACGCCAUAAAAAAUAGAUCAUUAAUUAAUAUGUCUGUUUCUCAUAUUUGAUAAUCAAUUGAUUAAUCAUAAUUCUCGAUCGAUUCGAUAAAUCUAAAUUAUCCCGUUAUUUUAGAUUUUUAUAGAUCGUAUUUAUAAAUCGUACGCUGCUUAAUAAUCGACUGAUUUUUAAAUACUCGAGACGCCUGUUUUCUUCGGUUUUCUUCGAAUACAACGUUACAUCUUAUCGCAAAGAUAUUAAUUCUACGAUUCGCGACAUGCUUCGCUAGCCAAAAUGUACAUGCUCGUGUCUCUCCGUGGUCAGCAAUUCCUAACAGCUAUGCGUUUACUUUAGUUGUUAAAAUAAUCGCCGUGUAUUGUACAUACGCUAGCCCUGAAACGUAUCCGGCAAACGUGCUCGUCUUCGACAGCCUGUAAUUUAAUUAGAAGAUAUACGAAGAUAUGCCAGCAUACAGAAGAAUUUCUUACGAUUCUUAUUUCUUAUUAUCGUUGCUGCUCGCGCGUAUACGCAUUGAAAAUUACGACGCGAUCAAAUUCGCGUUUAGAAACUAACGUACGGUAAUAAGAUUCUCAAACUUUAUGGAACCGAUUUGUUGUCCGACAAAUAUUUUGCUAUCGCAAUAAUAAUAUUUAAUAAUAAUUUCCCAGCUAUUUUGAAAGAACGUUAUUUCAAAGAAAUCAAUCAAUAGCAAAGGAUCGAUUCGAUUAAUUUUCUAGUAUCUAAAAUCUCGAAUGAUUCCAAAACGUACGUAAAAUUCAUCCGACAUGGUACUAUGUAAAAUUUGGAGCGACUAUAUCGAUUUUAAAAUUCUAUUUCAAAUUUACCUAAAACAGUGACUUACUAAACAGUCUGAUUUAGUACGCUGUCCGUACUUACUUGAAUGUUCAAUUUAAAAAGUGUUUUAAACGCUCGAUCCAGCUUUAGAUCAUCGAAAUCCCUCGAACAUUCGCAAGCAAACUCCGAACAUUACGAAACAUUUUCGAAAAACGCUAUACAUUUUCUUUCUGAAAGAAGGAUGCAACAACGGUAGCCAAUAAAGCGACUGGAUAUCGUGGAAAUUCAACGGUGUGAGAGGAAAAAUAUCAAGAGACGUACAGGAGAAAAGAGAGAUAUUGGAAGAAAGAUGAAGAAACGCGGUGAAAGCGUGUGAAAGAAGAGAACGUGCUCCGAAGCGGAAAGCACGAUGCCGCGUUCGCGACCGGAAGCGUUCGAGCUGAUGGUCGAGGCCGACAAACCCUCCAAGUGCAUCAGGUUUCUACGUUUCCUGUGGAAGUUCUUCAGAUGCGUUUUUUCCCACGUGUCGUUGGUUUCGUUGGUCGUGCUCUACUGUCUGAUCGGCGCGUACGCGUUCGAGGCCCUCGAGGCCACCCACGAGAAAGAGAUCAAGAAGAGCAUCAAAGACAUCAGAGGGAACGUAGCAGAGCAGCUAUGGAAGAUCACGAAGGAGGUAGAGGUUCUGAUUCGUGAAAAUUGGACGGACAAGGCGUUACGCGAAUUAAAGAGCUUUGAGAACAACCUCGUGUGCAUGAUGGAGAAAGAGGGUUGGGAUGGCAGCGAGGGUGAGGAUGACAUCCAAUGGACCUUUGCUGGCGCUCUCUUUUACUCCAUCGUCGUCAUUACUACAAUUGGGUACGGUCACAUCGCACCGAAGACCAAGAACGGGAAAGUGGUCACCAUAUUCUAUGCUAUCGUUGGGAUUCCCCUCAUGUUGCUUUGCCUCUCCAACAUUGGCGAUAUCAUGGCUUCGAGUUUCAGAUUUUUAUACUGGAGAGUUUGCUGUUACAUAUGCACGAAACCACCAAGAAAAAGGCGACCAAGAAGUCACUUCGUCAGAUCAUAUUCCAUGAAACAACCAGGGCGAUAUGGUGGAAGCAGGGGUGGCUUUGGAAGAUCCAUUAGGGUGAGCCAGAGAUCUGCAGACUCAGCUUUGGGUUUGUCCGAAACACUGGCCAGAUCAUCGUACUUUGACGCAGAUAAUAAGUACAAUGUACGUCGAUACGAAGAUUCGGAACUCAAGAGAUCCAGUUCUUUGUAUCCAUCGUCAGUAAAUCCAAACUUUGGAUUUAAAUCCGCGACAGUGUCCAGAUAUUCGGAUUUGCCGAUGGUAAAAUCAAGCAGAGCUAGUCCCAAGAUGACGACGCAAUCGUUAGACAGGAAGUUGCUAAUGCGUUCGCCGAAUGACACUGAUCGUUCUCCGGUUUUGUGCAACCAAUAUGCGUUGGAUGAUUUGGAGGAAGAAUUACGACGCUGGCACUCCUCCGCUGAGGACAGAAGUGACUUAGGCAAUACAAGCAAGUCUCGGGUGGAACCAGAAGCGGCAGAAACCCUGGAAAAUGUGGAGAAACAAGCGCCAUUAGUGACGAGGUCGUUGCCCAGAAGAUGCUUAUCCAUGGAAGGCGCGACUAGCAACUGCAGGACGAACCUGGCACAGCCUUUACGGCCGUCGCCCACUUACUUGGAACUAGAGAACUCCAGAAGGUCCCAAUUUUCAAAAAGUAGACGUUAUAGAACUAAUUAUCCCACUGCUCGCUCUUACAGAAGAGACACACUGCCAUCGGAUAUAAUGUCCUCAGCUGGAUUUUCUGCACACAGACAAGUAUACAUAGACGAUUUUGACUCAGAUUAUGAGUAUCACGUAAACGACGAUCAGGAAAGGCAGCGAAUAAAGCCGGUACCAAUAUGGUUAUGCGUCUUCCUGGUAGUUAGUUACAUUUUUGGUGGCGCUUUCUUAUUUAGCGCUUGGGAACAUUGGCCAUUCCUCGAUUCUGCAUAUUUUUGCUUUAUUACUCUCACUACCAUAGGAUUCGGUGACUUCGUUCCAGCGUACAAGCUGGAUGCACAUAAAGGGAUCGCGGUUUGCUCGUUGUACUUGUUAUUUGGAAUUGCUUUGCUGGCGAUGAGCUUCAAUCUGGUGCAAGAGGAGGUCAUCAACAACGUGAAGAACGUCGCGAAGAGGCUCGGGAUCAUCAAAGAGAGUGACGACGAGGAAGAUGCCGACGACUACGACCCGUACGACGUCGAAUACAACGACGAGGUUGACAACGAGCUCGAGGGCUACGUUCUCGAUACUCCUCGAUGUCACUCGAUGACUAGGAACGUUCGCGGAAUUUCCAUCGCCUAGCCAACCUCCAACACCCGAAUCUUCAUUCAUUCACCAAAUAUACUUACCUCCCUUUCUCCAGUUUAUCCCCCCUUCCCUCUUCAUUUUUUCUCUUUCUUCUUCGUUUUUUCUAUUUCCUUUCCCCUUCCUCUUUCAGUUUUUCUUUUUUUCUUCAUCCGUGGUAAUCGGACGAUGUCCGAACGAAACUGAAAUGUCCGAAUGUCUUACGAUUGUACACUCUCAGUCAAAAAUUUGGAGCAGCUUUAUUUAUGGAACGAAGCAUGCUUUUGAAGAACAUUGUAAUGGUAAAUUUUAUUUUUAAACGUAGUCGAUUAUUGGCUUAUUAUUAUUAGCAGACUGCGAAAGUUCAUGCAAAUUCACAUCUUUAUGAAUACAGUCACAGGAAUGGUCGCAGUUUUUAUAUGUCAUACGUAUUACGAUACUAUUUCACAACUAACCGGAGUAACAUGCAACAAACUGGAAAAACCCUUACACUGGUUCAGGGAUUCCCCGGUCUAACAAUCAACGUAAUCGACACUCCAAUGUUCCUUUCUCUAAGGCGCUGCUUUCCCAUUCACUAACUUCGAAAUCAUAAUCACCAUUCAUUAUCAUUCGUGAUAUUAUAUUCAUAUUUGUCAAAACGUUCUGAUUAGAAAAUUAUCUUCUACUAUUUUCUCAAAAUUCCGCAUUCAACUUUGUUAUUAUAAUUCUAAUUAUAAAUAGGAUCGUAAUUUAUAAUAACACUCUGUAAAACAAGUUACGAAUGCAGUGAAGAAUAUAACAAAAUUAAAUAUUUCUCUGGAAAAUAUUACUCUUUCUCUCAGAAAUGUCCCCCUUUGUAAAUAUUCUAACGUGGAUUAUGAUAACUUGAUCCCUCUCGGCCAAUGUACAAGU